AAUUUUCAUUGUCUGGCAGCUUUCUAAAUCGCCAUCCUUAUUCUCAUCUACCAUCAUGACAGAUUCUUCAAGCUCACGUUUACGUUUCUUUCAAGUCACUAAGAAAGCGGUUGGCUUCAUUUCGCGACUAAGGAGUCAACGAGGAUCUUCUGGGAAAUCGUAUUCAACACUGCCGGAGGAACUAUCCAUUCGUCAAUUUUCACUAGCGGAGAUCAAAGCUGCCACCGCCAACUUCGAUGAAAACUUGAUUAUUGGUACAAGUAUUUUUGGAUCUGUAUACAAAGGGGUUAUAGAUGAUGGGACAUUUACUGUUGCUAUCAGACGCAUGGAAUUAGGUCUUACUUUAUUCCGAACUGAAGUGGUCUUACUUUGCCAGCUGAAUCACUUCAAUGUUGAAUCUCUCAUUGGAUUCUGCGAUGAGAAGGGAGAAACAAUCCUUGUUUAUGAAUAUUUGUGCAAUCGGUCGCUCUACGAUUGUCUCCAUGGUAAUGUUAUCAAUGCUAAUCCACUUCCUCUUUUCCCACUUCCUUGGGAAAAGAGGCUAGAAAUUUGCAUUGGUGCUGCACGUGGAUUACAUUACCUUCAUACCGGAACCAAGUACGUAGUAAUGCACCGCAACGUGACCACCAACACUAUUCUUUUAGAUCAUGAUUUGGUUCCUAAGCUUUCUGGUUUCUUUGUGUCCAAGUUAGGACCUCGGAGCAUGUCAAAAGCUUUGAUAAGAAAAGAGGCACCAGCUGAGGGUGCUUUCGGAUACCUUGAUCCAGAAUAUUAUCACACCAAGUACCUGUCAGAAAAAAUUGAUGUCUAUUCAUUUGGUGUUGUCUUACUCGAAGUAAUUUUGGUUCAAACUCGAACAUUUCACUUUCAGAUGAACAAUGAGGCAAGAUCUCUGUCUGGAUGGACAUCUUGGUGCCUCAGGAAUGGGACUCUUUAUCACUACAUUGAUCCAUAUUUAAAGGGGAGGAUAGCCCCAGAGUGCUUCAACAAAUUUAUGGAGAUUGCUAUGUGUUGUAUCUCUGCUACGGAAGAUGAACGACCGUCCAUGGGUGAAGUGGAGGUGACUCUAGAACUUGCAUUGGAACUGCAAAAGAAAUCAGAGUCCGAAAUGACAAGUAUAUAAUUCCUCGUGGCGAGUUCGUGUAUGAAGAUGUAAUUUUCUGACACUGAUACAACAAUUGGGGAUUCAAUAGCCAUCAAAGAAUGAAGCCCCAACCCUCAUAGCCAAAGUCGGAAAGUUUCACGCAAAGAGGAAGAAGCGGUGAAAGAUGUUGUUUUAAGUGGGGGGACAAGGGGUUCUUCCUAUCUUCUUUGAAAAGGCUGAGAAUUUUGUAAGUGUUAUAUAACUCCAAUUUCGUGUCUAAUCAUGAAUAUUGCUGGCCUUUUGGAA